AUGUCCACAAUCACAGAGCUGUGCACAACACCACCAGACGCCUCUCCGGAGCUUGAAUACUCCCAACUCCUCGAGAACCUCACCGCGCUCAACACCCUCACAACCGACACCGCAAAUGUCACACCCGCAGAGGCCGAAACACUGCUGCAGUGGCUCCCAGCGGCCAUGAUGCCAACGGAGGCCCUGCUGCCGCCCGAACACGUCCUCGAAGACGACGACGUCACACCCCCGGCGGUGCUGGCGCCGUACCAAGCGGUCUGCCACCUCGCGCUCCAGAUCAUCGCGCGCCUGGCACCAGCCGACAUCAGCACGGACCUUGCAGUCGCACUGAUCGCACAGACGUCCGCGCACGACCCCUGGACCACCGCCCCGUCGCGGGCGCUGUCCACCUCGCUGCUCGACCAGCACACCUUCCCCGCAUCAACGCUCACGACCCUCCUCACAGCGCUCAAACCCCACUUCACCGCCCCCCACCCCACGCUGACACCCCUCGCGCACGCCGCCGUACGCCAGUCUACCUUCCGCGCGCCCCUCCUCCCGCCCACACCACCCUCCUACCGCAGCACGCACCCAGCCACACCAACGCUCCUCCACUGGGUCACACUCCACCUCCCGCCCUCCCACCUCGAGCCGUCCUGGCACCUCAUCGUCCCGCCGACACUCACCCUCCUCGACGACACCCACGCGCCCACGAAGGCCCGCGGCGCCCACGUCCUCUCCGCGCUCCUGCUCCACCCGCAGACACCCGCAAUGCUGGUGCGCACCGGACUCGCGCCCGUCCUCUGGGACGCCGCACUCCCGUGUGUCCUGUCCUUACCGCCGCUCACGCCGACGGCUGUCUCCGUGCCGCUGUUGACAGCGGGGUAUGAUGCGCUCGUGGCGCUGGCGCGCGUGAUGGGUGCUGGGAAGGCGCGGGAGCGGGCGAGGCUGCUGGGGGUGCUGCUGAGACGCGGGGUGCUGGCGGGGAUGCGGUAUGCGGGGGAGGUGGUGGCGGUGGCGGAGGUACUGGUGGGGGUGGUGGGGGUGCUGGUGGGGGAGAUGGGGGUGUGGUGUGUUAGGCACCUUGGGGAGGUGGUGGGGGUGCUUGUGGGGGUGCUGGUGGAUCCGUUUGUGGGGGUGAGGUGGGGGUUGGCGGUGGGGGCGGUGCGGGCGCUGGUGGAGGUGGUCAGGGUGGGGUGGAGCAGGGUGGGGGGGUAUGUGUGGGAGGUGGUGAGGGCGUGUGUGGUGUGUUGGAGGAGGGUGGUGGAGGAUGGGGGAUGGGGGGAGGGCGGGGAGACGGUGAUGGCGGAGUUGAGGAGGUGUGUGGGUGUUGUGGCGGCGGUGGUGGAGAGGGGGGAGUGGGAGGGGAUGGUGAAGGAGGUGGUGGCGGUGGAGAAGAGUGCGGUGGGGCUGUUUGAGGGGACGGUGGAGCAGAUGCGUAGCUAG